AGGUGUAAGUCCUCACCACCACUUGCCCCAAACUCUCGCUACGUUCUCUCUAAAGUCUUAAAGUUUUCCACUCAAAAUUCAAAAUGUUGAGCAAGAACAGGGUUUCCAUGGCGGUUCUGCUAUUCUUGGUUGCGUUCCUUGUGAUGGCCCAGGGCACAAUGCCAGAAAGUUGUGCUUUUACUGCCAUGCCAUUCAGAUAUAAUUAUUAUGAGGAACAAUGCGAAAGGGAUGUGGGGGAAAUGGUAUGGUCUACGAUGCACAGAAUAGUGGCGAUGCAACACAAUGCACCAGCACAACUCUUGCGCCUGCUCUUCCAUGAUUGUUUCAUUGGGGGUUGCGAUGCAUCUGUUCUGCUUGCUAACAGUAGUAAGAAUGGGACUGUUGAACGCGAGGCGAUCCCUAAUAGGACACUUAAAGGGUUCAGUUUCAUCGACAUGAUAAAGGAUGAAAUUGAGGAGGCAUGCCCUGGGGUGGUCUCUUGUUCUGAUAUCCUUGUCCUUGCAACGAGAGUGGCAUCGUUCUGUUUCCUCAUAUUAAUUUCGUUAAAUGAUCUUGUUGUGCUUGUGCAUAUCCAGAUGUUCCUAGUGCAUAACAGAUAUUUCUGA